CAAUCCCCAAAUCCCCCAAGCCACAGUGAGGAAGGACGAAGGAUGAAUGACGACCGAGCCAUUUCCAACUCCGGCGAACCUCCAUCUCCGGCGACCCCACUCCGGCAAACCUCCAUCUUCAUCUUCAACAUCCUUUCUUCUUUCUUGUAGAAUAUGGAUUUGUCAAGUUUUCCAAUCGUGUGUCAUUGGGGAGGGAACUAUUAUGAGGAUGCUGGGCAAAUCUGCCAUGAAGGUGGUACAACCACAUUUGUCAUGGUUUCUCGUGGUGCUUGCAUGCUCGAGAUCCUUCAAAAAAUACAUGCAGCCACAAUGAUUCAUCCUAGCCGUUCUUUACGUUUGAAAAUGAAAUUUCCCGUGAACGGGGGAAAGUACAUGCUUAUGCCCCUCAUUGAUGAUCUAGCUAUAACAAAUAUGUGGGGCAUAGUUCAGAUGGAGGACAUGUCGAUGCUGGAGAUAUACAUUGAGGAAUGCAUAUGUGACGCUUACGGUACUCCAUCAACAUCAAAUGUUGUUGUAUCUAGGCAUUAUGUCAAUGCAGGUGUGAAUGCAGGGAACUCCUCAAAUGCUCCUGUACUGGACAUGAUUAUACAAGAAGAUGGUAGGUAUUUGCACAACGGUGCAUCAUUUGUGAAUGGACAGGGAAGUGAUGAUGAUGCUGACGACAACAUCAAUGGUGAAGACAUGACAGAAUCUGAUGAAGAUGAUGGUGAUACGGUCACGGCAACUGCCCCGUCUACCCACUUUACUAGAAUGUAUGAUCUCCCUGAAGGCUUUACUGAUGCGUGGAUGAGUGGAUCAGGUGAGAAAAGGUUUACCCCCGAAGGUGAGUUUGAGGUCGGUCAACAGUUUGACAACAAAGAACAAGUCAUCAAUAUUGUGAGCUUGUAUUCUGUCAAACGGAACCAAUUUUUCCGGGUGAUAGAGUCCGAUAAAUACAAAUGGGUGGGUUCAAGAAGAUAGGUGAAAUGAGUUUGGAGGCACGACAAUUUCUGGGGAACAUUUCCCCGGAAAUGUGGUCAUUGCACCACGAUGGGGGUACAGAUACGGUACCAUCACUUCUAAUCUGGCAGAGGAUUUCAAUAGCGUGAUGAAAAAUGCCAGAUAUUUGCCCAUCACCGCUUUGGUCCAGAUUUCCAUUUACUGGGUUAAUGCUUAUUUUGUUAAUAGGCGUGAAACCAGUAAAAUGAGAGUGACAGAAGGCCACGAGUACUCCCCAUACAUCACAGAUUUAAUUGAUAAGAAUAGAGAGAAGGCCAAACAUCACACAGUUACUCCAUUUGAUUUAGGCUGAGAGUUAUUUCAAGUGGAAACCGGUUGUGGUGGCCGAACGUUGGGGAAGGGUGGGAGAAAACAAACUGUCCAUCUAAGACGGAAAACUUGCACUUGUAAAAAGAUGGAGAUAUAUAAGAUUCCAUGCUCCCAUGUGUUAGCCGUGUGCAGACAACGUAGCUUGUCUUAUGCUCCAUUUGUGGAUAAGUUUUUCUCAUCUGACCAAUACGCGGCCACAUAUCAUAGUCUUCAAACCCAUUCCUGAUCGUGAUUAUUGGCCUACUUACAAUGGACCAAACCGGCCAUAAUAGGGCCACAUGUGCAAAGAGAUCGUCAAGACAAGAUGGGGGGGUCCAGUGGGCAUGGAGGUGACAGCGGAUCCCAGACGCAGCAUGGUCGUGGUUCUUCAACCACGACCACGGCGUAGGCGUAGACAUCAGCAACAACAUCUCCAUGACCAAGAUGAUCAAGAUGAUCAUGAGAACUUGUAGUUUGCCUUUUGUAUUGCAGUUUUUCUUCUACAGUAGAUGUUGUAGGAACAAUUUACAACAUUUUACGUAUUUUCUCUUCUAAACUCUUGUAUGUCUUGAUGUGUUCGAGUAUGAAUAUUAGAUGAUUACUUGUUAUGAAUAUUGGAUGAUUGAACUGUGUUUUAC